AUGGCAUCGACCGGCGGCGGCGGCGGCGGCGGCGACGACGACGACGACGUCAAGCUGAGCAACUACAAGGGGACGUCGGGCGCGGUCAAGGGCUUGGUCAGCGGCCUCACGGCCGUGGUGAACGCGUUCGGGGUCGGAGGCGGUGACGUCGCGUCAUCGGGGUCGUCCGGCGCGACGAGACGCGAGCGCAGGGAGGCGCGGCCGCCGCCGUCCACGCCGCGGAAUCCGACCGCCCUCGCCGCGGACAUCGCGCGCGAGUUCACCGAGGCCAAGUACCUGUGGACGGGCGACAUCAACCCCGAGAUGUACGACUUGUACUGCACGUUCACGGACCCGACGCUCUCCUUCGCGGGGCUGGAGACUUUUCAGAGGAACCUCGCCAACCUGCAGCCCGUGCUGAGCCGGCUGGUCAGGGACAGCGACGUCGAGCAGCUGUACUCGUGCGAGCUGGCGGGGGACGGGAAGGGCGGCGGCGGCGGCGGCGCGGUGCGGGCGAGGUGGAGGAUGACGGGCAACCUGCGGGUGCCGUGGCGACCGCGGAUAGACCUCGAGGGGCAGACGACUUUUACCUUUAAGGACUACGGCGGCGACCGAGGGUGCCUGAUCACGGCGUACCAGGAGGAGUGGGGGCUGUCCGCGGGGGAGGCUGUGAUGCAGCUCGUGACGCCGUUCAAGUGGUAG